UUCCAUUUCUUUUUGAUGCCUCGUUAAAAAUUCAUUUGUUGGAGAGAGAAGAGUAGAAUGAGAAUUCUUGCAGCAAACUAUUUGAUCAGAGUUCAUCAAAUGCGUACUACAUUUUUAUUUGACCUAACCCUAACGCAUAAUAUUCAUCGUAUCUGUAUUGUAUGACAAUUCAUUGCGGUGAAGUUAUGUUGUUAGAACUAAAAAUUCGAAUAAAUUUUGUUAUCGGGAUUUGUUACCUAAUACGUAGAUAAAAUCCAUGGAUAGUUCUUAUCAUUCGCUUACUUUAUUUAUACGUUAGUAACUACAUCCGUGUCUGAUAAAUAUAACAAAAAAACAAUACCAAUUUACAGUUGAGUUACAUUAUUUGUGACGCAUUGUAACCGCAUUGUGGUACAUUGUUCGUUCGAGUGUAAAAUUAUCAGACCUCGAGACAUUCCGCAUCCCAAUACGCGUAGCACAUCGAAUUUUUCAUCAACUUUAUGAUUAUCUUAUCUCAACUUGAUUAUUACAUUUUUAUCAGAUACACAAGUUAAGAAAAACAAGGAGGAAAGAGACAAAAAUUCGAAUUUAAGUAAGAUGCCAUAAACACUACCAGUUCUGGGAAGAAAUGCUCAAAAGUCAACUUUGAAAUAGUGCUCUGAAACUUGGAGGAACGGCAACAGCUAAUCAAGCUUUGAGUGUAUCUGUGUCAUGAUUACCGAACUAGCCAAUAUUUUUUGAAUUUUGAUUCCGAAGCAUACCAAAAAUUCACUUGGACUCACAUUGUUAACGGAUUCUGCCAACUUGUGAUACGAGAUACCAUUAGUCAAUUUUGGAUAAUAUAUUAAAAAUAAUCAUUUUUUUCAAACGUACUUUGGAGAUAUUUCUCUCGGCACAAUAUACUUAAUAAAUAAUAUCUGGUCGUGACAAGCUAUACUCACGAUUUUCUCUUAAACCUACAAGAUAAAUAUAAAUAACUGUCAAGUGGAAUGCAAAAGUUGCGAUAUGGACGCAAGUAAAGUAAGGAGUACACCGAAUCCUCGGCAAAAAGCAAAUAUCAUAUCAGUGUUGACAUGGUGGUGGACGAUAGAACUAUUCAAAAAGGGCUAUAAGAAAGUAUUAGUCACAGAUGAUCUUCACGAUCCUCUACCAAAUGACAGAUCAACUGCAUUAGGUGACAGAUUAGAAGUACAAUGGAAUCGCGAACUGAAAAAUUCGAAAAAGCAAAAACGGCAGCCAAGUCUAUUAAGAACAAUAUCCAUCACUUUUCGAUGGGAGUAUUUUAUCCUCGCACUUUUGCAAAUUCUGAACGAGUUCAUCAUUCGACUGGGUACGCCGAUUCUUCUUGGUGGUUUACUGAGGUAUUUCAAACCUAAUACCACAGUGAAGUAUGAAAUGGCGUUAAUGUAUGCAGCUGGGAUUGCAGUAACAUCAAUAAUCAAUGUUAUAACAUUGAAUCAGUCGCUCUUUGGAGCAUUUCACGUCGGUGGCAGGAUAAGAAUUGCCGUCUGCUCUUUGAUAUACAGAAAAGCUUUAAGACUCAGUAAAACCGCGCUGGGAGAAACAGCACCAGGAAAAGUUGUUAAUCUCGUUGCAAACGAUGUAAAUAGAUUCGAUCUCGUCUCUAUUUUUAUCCACCAACUCUGGUCUGCGCCUAUUGCAGCCCUCGUUAUUACAUACUUUUUGUACAAUGAAGCUGGAUGGGCAGGUAUCAUUGGAAUCGCAGCUGUCUUCAUUGUAGUUCCGAUACAAUCAUAUCUGGGUAAGCUGUCGUCAAAAUACAGGCUUCAGACGGCCUUGAAAACUGACGAAAGAGUGCAGCAGAUGGAUGAGAUAAUAUCCGGAGUUCAAGUAAUAAAAAUGUAUGCUUGGGAAAAACCAUUUUGUGCAUUGAUCGAACUAGCAAGACGAAUUGAGCUCAGAAUAGUCACGAAGACUUCGUAUAUCCGGGGUGUUUACAUGUCGUUUAAUCUUUUUACAACGCGAAUGGCUCUUUUCAGUACUCUGAUAUCCAUGGUUUUGCUUGGCGACAACUUAACUUCCGACAGUGUUUUUGUGAUAUCCUCGUAUUUCAAUAUACUUGCACAGACUAUGUCAGGAAUGUUUGUGCGAGGUAUCGCCGAAACUGCAGAGUGCUUGGUAGCUGUAAGAAGACUUCAGUAUUUCAUGAUGUACGAUGAAUUCAAAAGGCUGGAAGGAGCACCAAAACCUCAAGGUUCUCAGCUCUCAGUCUACACGAGUAUGCGAGAAUCUAUGCAAAGCAUUAAUACAAUUCCAAAAUCAGAUGUUCCAUGGAUAGAUGAUGACUUAACGGACAAAGUUGUGCAUGCAGAUAACAAUGGCAGGGAAAAGUCAAAUGGUUUAGCGUUACUGGCCAGCGACCUAAUCAAAGAUACUGCUGACCUAGUCAAUGGUAAGCCAAAAGGAAAAAUUGCUUCCAGCAAAGAGGGAUGGGCUGUGAAACUUGUUAACGCGACGGCAAAAUGGGAACCUAGUCAACCAGAGAAUACCUUGGACAGCGUAAAUAUUGAGGUUGGAAAAGGGAAACUUUAUGCUAUUAUUGGAAUGGUUGGAGCUGGUAAGAGUUCGUUGCUAUCGGUCUUAUUGGGGGAACUACCUCUUGCCGAUAUCAAAGAUUACAGUGAAGUCAAAGUUCGAGGUGGACUCAGCUAUGCAGGACAAGAUGCUUGGGUUUUUGGAGCGACGGUUAGACAGAAUAUUUUAUUCGGUCAAGCAUUCGAUAAAACUCGAUAUCACAGAGUCACAAAAGCCUGCGCUUUAUUGAGUGAUUUUAAUCAACUCCCUCAAGGUGAUCUCACCAUUGUCGGAGAUAGGGGGAGUUCACUCUCCGGAGGACAAAGAGCUAGGAUCAAUUUAGCAAGAGCUGUCUAUAGACAGACUGAUAUUUACCUACUCGACGACCCAUUGAGUGCGGUCGAUGCACAUGUUGGCAAACAUCUGUUCGAGGAGUGUAUACAACGCUACCUCGCAGGUAAGACAAGGAUUCUGGUAACGCACCAGCUGCAGUACUUGCAAGGAGUUGAUGCUAUCAUCUUAUUGAACCAGGGAAGAGCGGAAACAUUCGCUAAUUAUCACGACUUGUUAAUGUCUUAUCCUGACUACAAAACACUUCUUGGAGCAAUGGGAGAUGGAGAUGCAGCUGGUAACGAACAGGGAGCUAACGCAGAGAAAGUUUCAAUGCGACGUCAAUAUUCUAGUACCAGUAAUCGGAGUCAAACUCCUGAGGCCAGCGGAAGCAUAGAUACCGAUAUGGAUGACGAAGAAGAACAAGACCCAAGCGUCGAUAUGCAGGAAGGAACAUCCCGAGGGGCCAUUACUGGUUCGAUCUUUCUACACUAUGCCAGAUCCGGUGGUAGUCUGAUACUGGGGUCUGUCGUCUUUUUGCUUUUUACGAUCACCCAGGUUGCAGCCAGUCUCAACGACUGGUUCGUUUCUUAUUGGGUCGGAAAAGAAGAGGAACGCCAGUUAGUUUUUGAUCUUGCAAACAUCCAACCUACUGUAAAUUCAAUUGGAAAUUUAACCGAUCGCAACGUCAGUCUAGAAAGCGGUAUUUAUGGGAGCAGUGAUAUCAACUUGACUCUCGAUGUUACGGCAAAUAAAAAUUCGGAAGACUCGAGUUACUUAGGCAUACUCUCGACAAACGCUUACAUGUACAUCUACACUGGGAUAUUGGUAGCUUUAUUCAUCCUCGCGAUUACGAGAUCUCUGAUAUUCUAUAAAAAUUGCAUGCGUAGCAGUCAAUCUCUGCACGACCGUAUGUUUCGAAGCCUUAUACGAACGAGUAUGAGAUUUUUCGAUACAAAUCCCAGUGGCAGAAUUCUGAAUAGGUUUUCAAAAGACAUGGGAGCUGUCGACGAAUUCCUCCCAAAAGCACUUUUGGACGCCGGUCAAGUAAUAAUGAUGAUGACUGGCUCCCUUAUCGUUACGUCUACGGUAAAACCAGAGUUUAUCGUGCUCAUUGCAAUCCUGGGUGUCUGUUUUGCAUUACUGCGUAAAGUUUAUCUGAAAACCAGCAAAAACAUCAAACGACUCGAAGGAAUGACCCGGUCUCCCGUCUUUACGCAUCUGAACGCUACACUGAAUGGUCUUACAACGAUCAGGGCCUACGGCGCGCAGGAUAUUCUAAAAUACGAGUUUGACAAACAUCAAGAUCUUCACACCUCAUCGUGGUACAUGUUCAUCACUACUAGUACCGCGUUUGGAUUUUUUCUCGAUAUUUUCUGCUUUUUGUUCAUCACAGCAGUCACAUUUUCUUUCCUCGUCAUCAAUUCAGGUUUUUCCGGGAGUCAAGUUGGCCUUGCCAUAACUCAGAGCAUGUCUUUAACAUUUAUCAUCCAAUGGGGAAUGCGUCAGAGUGCGGAAGUAGCGAAUCAAUUGAUGUCCGUCGAAAGAGUAAUCGAAUACACACAGCUCAAACCUGAACCGAAUCUCCGGGAUACAGCUGUGGUCGGAAAAGGCAGGCGCCCUUCAUCUCCUCCCGCGGUUCCGAAAGAUUGGCCGUCUGCGGGUUGUCUUCGAUUAAACGAUGUCUACAUGCGUUACGUCGACGAUGAAUCACCCGUCCUGAAAGGUCUCACUCUCGUCGUCCGACCUGGUGAAAAAGUUGGCAUUGUAGGUAGAACUGGCGCUGGUAAAUCAUCACUAAUCUCCGCGCUCUUUCGAUUAGCAAAAGUUGAGGGCGUGAUAGAAAUCGAUGGCAUUGAUACAGGCACAAUAUGUCUGGAAGAUUUACGUAGUCGGAUUUCCAUAAUCCCUCAAGAUCCAGUUUUAUUCUCAGGAACUCUACGAAGUAAUCUCGAUCCCUUCGAGGAAUUUUCUGACCGCCAAUUGUGGGAGGCCCUGGAGGAAGUUGAGCUAAAAGAGUCCGUUACAUCAGGAGCGAACGGUUUAGAAACACGGGUGCUCAAAGGCGGGGGUAAUUUCAGCGUCGGACAACGUCAGCUUGUCUGUUUAGCUAGAGCCAUUUUGAGAAAUAAUAAAAUCCUUAUGCUCGACGAAGCAACUGCCAACGUAGAUCCGCACACCGACGCUUUGAUUCAACGAACGAUACGAACUAAAUUUGCCAAGUGCACUGUUCUCACGGUAGCUCAUCGACUAAACACUAUUAUGGACAGUGACAAAGUCCUGUUAAUGGAUAAAGGAAGGAUGGCGGAAUAUGACCACCCGCAUCUCUUACUUCAAAAUGAAUACGGAGCUUUCAAUUCUAUGGUCAGAGAAACUGGUCGAGCAAUGUACGAGCAGCUCGGAAGGGUUGCCAAAGAAGCAUACGAGGCUGCAAAAUGCGAUUAGAAUUGAAUUUCACUGAAAACGAUGAUGGUUAAUUUUUUUAGGUAUUAAAUUCAUACACCCAACAGUCAUCUUUCUCAUCUUAAGUUAUCACAGAGAGGGAAAGCAAGAGAGAGAGAAAGAGGUUGCAAAAAAGAAAAUGUCGUCAGCUAGCGAGGUAAACGUUUAGAUUUUUUUUUGUUCUUUUCUCUCGUUUUCCGAUAAACCAAAAACAAGAAUGGAAAACGAAACCCAACAAUAACUUUCGAUAUUCCGCACAUUCCUGAAUUCCGUCACGAUCUACUUCGCUCUUUUCGCAUCAAAUGAUCUGUGGUAACUGUAACAACAUAUCGUUGCUACGUUUUUUCUUGCGACGUGUAAAAUUUGAAUAAGAAAGGUACUUAUUAGUUAUCAAAGAUGCGAUCACCAUUCACUUUAUUUUUCAUCGAAUCUUGAAUUCGUUCGGUGCUUUGAAGAAAGAUGAGAGAAAAAAAAAACGGGUCUCAAAUUAAUUAUCGCUAUCCAAAAUUCGAUCGAUAGGGAUUUCUUCUCCAACGGCUCAUUACACUUUUUUACAGAGAAAAGAUGAUGCUUUCUUUACAAGGGGAAAUUUUAUUUUUCAUUGUUCAUUCGGUCAAGCUUCGAAGCAGGAUAUUAAAUGUAUUUCAAAGGGUUUCACGGAAACCAAAUACAUAAAAGAUGGAACUUUUACACUUUCACAUUGAUUGUGUGCAGAAAUUAUACGAGAAAAAACAUUUUUGUAAAUUAUAUAGUAUAUUAUAUACACAUGUAUACGCAUACAUAUAUUUACAAGAAUGCAUGUGUAUAGUUUUUAUAUUUUAUUAUAACUAAUUAUCAUCGUGAUUAUUGUGAUUAUUAUGAUUAGUUUUAUGAUUUUCGCGUUAUUUUGUUUCUGCUGCUAGUCGUUAGUUCGCUGCACCGACCAAAUUUUGUAAUAAUAAUCAGUCGAGAAAUUUUUCAGACAAUUGAUCGAUUGGAACUUAAUCUAAUCAAAUCGAAUUCAAUUGAAUUUGAUUGGGGGGAUAAAUUUGCCUCGCCUCAUCGUGCCUUUGGUACUUAGUUUUAUACAAAAUCAGUAACAAUGUUAUUCUAAUUUCUUGUCAUAACUCAUGUACUUAGAUCAACUUAGCUCAUGGUUAAAACAAAAAAUAACAAAAGGAGAAACAAAA